AUGGAGAUCGCGCUCAGCGACGCCGCGACCGAACCCUCGGUUCGAGUCGACGGGCUGACGUACGCGUACCCGGGACACGAGGCGGUCGUGCGCGCGUGGACGCUCGCGCUGCCGCCGGGGUCGAGAUGCUUGCUCAGCGGUGCGAAUGGGGCUGGUAAAACGACGGCGCUGCAGGUAUUGGCUGGGAAAACCAUGGUGAGCGAAGACGCGGUGCGGGUGCUGGGACGACCGCCGUUUCACGACAUCGCGCUCACGUGCGACGGCGAACUGAGCUAUCUCGGGGCGCAGUGGCGAAGGAACAUUGGAAGCGCCGGAGCCGACGUGCCGCUGAGCGGAGACAUCUCGGCGCGAGCGAUGAUCGAGGGCGUCACUGGGGUCGAUCCAGAGCGAAGAGAACGAUUGGUCAAGCUUUUGGACGUUGAUUUAGAUUGGUCCAUGAAGGCGCUGAGUGAUGGACAGCGACGACGGGUGCAAAUCUGCAUGGGACUCCUCAAGCCGUACAAGGUGCUCCUGUGCGAUGAGAUCACGGUCGAUUUGGACAUUUUGGGCCGACUGGACCUGCUCAAAUUCUUCAAGGAGGAAUGCGAGCAGCGUGGGGCGACUAUCGUGUACGCGACGCAUAUCUUUGACGGCAUGGCGGAUUGGAUGACGCACCUCGCGUUCACGUCCAACGGCGAGCUCAAGUACGGAGGCGCUAAGGAAGAUAUUCCAGAGAUUCAAGGAACGAAACACUUAUUGUCGACGAUCGAGAAGUGGUUACGCAUCGAUCGCGACGAGCGACGCGUGCGCGAGGCCGAGCGCGCGGCGAAUCCUCCGCCAAAGGUGGACGCGGCGAGCCACUUCCAGACGCGCCACAUGGCGUACUAUAGAUGA